AUGUCGGCUUCUGCACUAUUGAAGAGCCGAAUUCGGCGACCUUCUUACUUGAAGAAGCUUGCUAAGGCAGAGGACCUUAUUCAUCACUUCCCUAAUGGCUCUUACAUCGGCUGGUCCGGUUUUACUGGUGUUGGAUACCCGAAGAUGGUUCCCACCGCACUGGCCGACCACGUCGAGAAGAACAAUCUCCAGGGCCAAUCCAAGUACACCCUGUUUGUUGGAGCGUCUUCCGGCGCAGAGACGGAGAAUCGCUGGGCCAAGCUGAACAUGAUUGAGCGUCGCAGCCCUCACCAGGUCGGAAAGGAGAUUGCCAAGGGAAUCAACAAUGGCCAGAUUAAAUUCUUCGACAAGCAUUUGAGCAUGUUUCCCUCGGACUUGGUCUAUGGUUACUAUACCAUGAACAAGCCCACGAACAAGAUCGAUGUCGCUGUCAUUGAAGCCUCCGCCAUCACCGAGGAUGGUGGCAUUAUCCCUGGUGCUUCGGUUGGCGCCUCACCUGAGUUGAUCCAGAUGGCCGAUAAGGUCAUUAUCGAGCUUAACACCUCAAUGCCCUCGUUUGAGGGCCUGCACGAUAUCGUUGGCUCCAGUCUACCUCCCGGCCGCAAGCCAUACCUCGUCAUGGCACCGGAGGACCGCAUUGGAACCUCAUAUAUCCCCAUUGAUCCCGAGAAGGUCGUCGCCGUGGUGGAAUCAACCUACCCCGACGUAACCCAGCCCAAUGCUCCCGAAGACGAAACCUCCCAAGCAAUCGCAAGAAACUUAAUUGAGUUCCUCAAGCACGAGGUCGCUCACGGCCGUCUCCCCAAAAACCUCCUUCCCAUCCAAUCCGGCAUUGGCAACAUUGCGAACGCCGUCGUCGGUGGCCUCGCCAAGGGCGGCGCAGACUUCAAAAACCUCAAAGUCUGGACAGAAGUCCUCCAAGACUCCUUCCUCGACCUCUUCGACAGCGGAAACCUCGACUUCGCCACCGCUACUUCAAUCCGCUUCUCUCCCGACGGCUUCAAGCGCUUCUACGAUAACUGGGAACGCUACGCUGGAAAACUCCUCCUCCGCUCACAGCAAGUGUCCAACAGUCCUGAAAUCAUCCGCCGAUUGGGCUGCAUCGGCAUGAACACCCCCGUUGAAGUAGACAUCUACGCCCACGCAAACUCAACCUGCGUAAUGGGUUCCCGCAUGCUAAACGGUCUGGGUGGAUCCGCCGAUUUCCUGCGUAACUCAAAGUACUCUAUCAUGCACACCCCAUCCACCAGACCCAGCAAGACCGACCCAACCGGUGUUAGCUGUAUCGUGCCUUUCGCCACACACAUUGAUCAGACAGAGCAUGAUCUGGAUGUCAUCGUCACCGAACAAGGUCUCGCCGAUGUGCGUGGUCUUUCACCGCGUGAGCGUGCCCGGGUCAUUAUCAAGAAGUGCUCGCACCCCGAUUACUACCCCAUCCUUACUGAUUACCUGGAUCGUGCGGAGUUUGAGUGUCUUCGUAAGGGUAUGGGUCAUGAGCCGCAUAUGUUGUUCCAGGCUUUCAAGAUGCAUCAGAAUUUGCAGGAGAAGGGUACCAUGAAGAUUGAUUCUUGGGAGUAG